UGGAGGAUCGUGUUGAUUUCUUGCAAUGUCUUCAAACUGACAUGGGGAUCAAAAUUCUCAUGCAUUUGGAUGAUCCAUCUGAUCUCAUCCACUCAAGUGCUGUAUCCCGCUGUUGGCGCCAUUUUGAUACAGAGAAAAAUAAUGAAGAAACUCUCUUUCUUGGAGGAAGGAGUUAAGAAGAAAUAGAAAAAUCAGUUUUUUUUCUAGUUUGAUCCUGUUUUAUAGUGCCUUACAAGUCCUAAACCCAUAAGUUAUUAAUUAAUGUUUUUAUCUUUUUUAUCUCGUACUCAUAUGUCUUCUUUCACUAUGAUUAUUGUGGUAAUAAUGUUAUUAAACCUGCUCAGUUGCAGUUUCUGGGUUCUAAAAUACUUUCCUUAAUAUUUGACAUGUUCUUUCUUGAUGAUAUGACACACAUGUUUGAAAACACAAAACCUGUUGGCUGUGGGGUCUGUCUGUGUAGGGCCUGUAGGCACACAAAAUUGUUAAAUAUUAUUAUGAUCCUUAUACAGGUUUCGGAUACCCUCUUGGUCGUCGUGAUCCCAAUGGUUGGAGAGCUAGAAAGACUAUUUCUUAUUUUUCUUUUAAUAUCAAUUAUACUAUUUGGUGCUUGCCAAUUUACAAUCUGUUUCACUGUUAAGGUAUUAUUUCUUGUCAAAAGUAGUCUUAUGGAGUUUCUUUCCAUAUUGCCUUAUUCUUCAAUCUCUCGAGUUUACUUAGGUGGAGGACCCUUUGGACAAUGUAUAUUAGUGACCGGAUUAUACACCUGUGAAAUCUUUAGAACGUUAUUGCCACAAACAAGAUGACAUAACAGGAAACAUAUAUACAGGGAAACAGAUAAAAGUUUUAAUUAAGAUGCAGUUUAGGCUACUAAGAAACUGUAAAACGGGAUCAAACUAGAGAGACUGCAUUUUCAAUGUUCCCUUUACUAUCUAUCUCAGCUCUGCAAAAUGGUUUCUUCUAUUUCCUUUUCUGUAUUAAGGGAAGUAAUUGCGAAUGGACUUUGCAAGCAGUUGUGCUUGAGAUUGUUUCCUCAAUUGUUUGGGGUUGCUUGUGUAACUGAACCAAACUGUGGAAUAGGAAAAUCUGCCGAUGUUGGAUCUAGCAAUUCAGCUGAAUGGGAAACUCUUGAAAGGGAACACAGGUCCUAUUCCUUCCUAGGUCAAACUCUUGCAACAUUCACUGCAAGUGAUUGCAUGGCAGAGGCAAUCAGUGCCUCCAGCACUGAUAAUUAUCCAGAAGAAAGCAUUUGUAAUACUUUAGAUCCAAGGGACACAGUUCGAAGGAGAGCCUCAUAUUGGUCGAGUAAAGGACAGAAAGAUCCCAUGGUUCCUGAGACCUUAAUAUAUAAAUUAAUUGCGGAUCUUUGUGUUAUCACUGAAAUCAGUGUACAGCCCUUCAAAGCUUAUUUUCAGCCUGGAUUUCCCAUUUAUUCUGCAAAAUAUGUUCGAUUCCGAAUGGGUCAUCCCAAAUCCCCAACAGUUAUAAAGAAUGAUCUUACGGAUUUGCCAAUGCAGCUUCCUGCUGAUGAUAAGUUCAUAUGGACAUACACUUCGCAGGAGUUUCCAAUGGUUCAGGAAAAUUGCUUGCAGAAGUUCAAGCUACCAGAACCCGUGCUUUGUGUUGGUGGAUUUUUAAUGAUUGAGCUGUUGGGUAGGGUUCAGAGACAAGAAAUGGAUAGCUUAUUCUAUAUAUGUGUUUCGCAUGUUAAGGUUCUGGGACGGCCUCUUUACCCUGCAUUUGACGUUGAAAUUGUUGAACCAUCGUCGGGGAAGUUUUUGUUGAAGCACUACCCAGAGGCUCAGAACUGCCCUCCGCCAAUCUCUCCAUACUGCCAUGUCGGAAACUUGCCGUUGCAGGAGAACUUGAGAGGUUUGGAGCAAUUGCUUAACAUGUUGCAUGGAAAUGUACCAGAUCUGGAGCCCCAUGAAUGGGAUGACGAUGAGAAUGAUCUUGACCUGGUUUUAAUGUAAAAUCCUGGAUUUUCGUUAUCUCUCGCUUUUUUAGACGGUUUGUUGCUCUUUUUUGAUAGUGCUCCAUCUCGGUCCCCCGGAAAUGAGAGGCUCUACUGUGGAUGACCCUUUGGCUUUCUGUGUUUAUAUAUCGUUGCUGUUAGAACCCCAUUGCGUCCUAUAGUAAGCGCUGGUGGAUCUUAACAUUUAUGUCUCCCCCCCUUCCCCCCGCAUUUUUCUUUGGGAUGAUGGAAUAUGCAGAUCUAACAUGCUUUCGGCAUGCUAACCGCUUUGUACACGUGCUUGUGGUUGGUGGCGGCCAAUUUUAAUAUGA